AUGCAGCCCGACGAUGCCGUCAUCACGAAUCUGAAUCCAAGUGAAGACUACAAGACCAGCGUUCUUAGUGGUCUAAGUCCCAAUGUCAUCAUGGAGUGUGCCGGUCGUGCUCUCAGCUUCUGGGCAUAUCAGACCACUCAGAACAUAUGUUACCAACAGCAUCUAUACAGAACACUCACCGAAAAAUACUCGAGCCUCGGCAUUCGUCUUGAAAAGACUGUGAGCGACGCAAAUACAGAGAUUGGAGGGCUCCAUCACAAGAUGUCAGGUCUAGAAGCAGAGCAGGAAGGCUUGAGACGGAAGCACGAGGAAAUCUCCCAGGCAUACAAAGAAAAGAGCCGCAAAGUUCUACAGUUGCAAGAAUUAUAUGACAAAGUCAAGAGGAGGGCUGAGCUUGGUCAAAUUCAAAGGGCGGCAUCCGAUGCUGUUGAUCAUACGUUGCAAGUAGCACAGCUCGAACCGGGCUAUGGUGGCAAUAUGACUGCACAAGGCAAUCUUGAGAACAAUCAUGCACCGGCCUUUGGACAAAGCCACCGGGUUGAUGUUUCUGGAAUGAACAAUGGUGCCGUACGAAACUAUCACAAUAUGGCAACUGAAGGAAACCAGUGGUCACGGCUUGGAGGAUCGUCUCAUCGAGUGCCUGUUGGUGGGCUUCGCCGACCAACUAUGGGCGGAUCAACAGUACAUCAAGGCACAGGCUUGCCGACUCUGACAGGAACUUCUAUGACUGGAUUCGGUAGAUCGAGACAAUCGCCCAACAAUUUUGCCCCGGGUUUCAUUAAUCGCGGUGGCUUAGCGGGUGUCGGCUUGACGUCUGGUAUCAAAGUUAGUCAGGCGAACAACACCCCAGCGAUGGAUGUUCCUACAAGGCAUUUAUGA